UAGAGAUAUCGGUGGAUUUACAACCGCAGGCUCUGUAUCAUCUUGAUUUUUUGAAGGAAAUAGAUGAUUUGGAUCAUUUCAGAGAUCAAACAUUUAUUGCAAGGGCUGUCUAUAGGUAUGAGGCACUCUGGAUGCCCUUUGCCGCAAGGCACGAAGUUUUGGUACCUCCCAUAGACAUCCAUUGGGUGUGGCUUUGCCACAUGCUAUCACCGGUUACUUAUGCUAAAGACUGUGUCAAUGUAUUGGGCAAAGUAUUGGAUCACCGGUUCAUGAGUGUGAGAGAAAACACUCAUUUGCAAUCUACAUCGCGUGAAUUAUGGACAAGUGAAUAUCCAUCGGAGCCGUAUGACCUCAGAGCUCAAGGGAGUUCUGAUAUUGAAUCCAACACAAACGGUGACUCCCGCAUUUCUUAUGACCUUGUUUCGGCAGCACUGAGACAAACGAGCUUCUUCUACCACGUAUCAUUACCUCAUUAUCGAGACUCGAAGUUUCUAGAGGAUGCUUCGCAAAGGUAUAGACAGUUCCUGUUUAUGGCGGCGGAAAAUCGCACAUCUUUCCUCGUUCCAUGUUAUGACAUUGAUCUUAUAUGGCAUACCCACAUGUCACAUCCUCUAAAAUACCAACAAGAUACAAACGCGAUAAUGGGAGAGGUUUUCAAUCAUGACGACUCCGACGGGAAUAGGGAAGUAGGAUCAAAGCUGCAGAUAUGCGCAAAUAAAACCGAGGACAUAUGGAAAGCGAUGUUCAAUGAAAACUACUUAAUUGCAGGAACAAUGUAUAGAGGAACGCCCACCAAACAUGCCAUCCAUGGAACCAGUAUAACGUGGUCAGAUUAUCCCAAGCGGCAGCUCAACGUUGUAAUAAAAAGAUGCAAAAUUGAAGCUAAAUAUCAUACAAGAAAACGGCUGCGAAAUUUAUUCAUUGAUAUCAAAUUUACCAAUACUACCUUAAGUUCAUACCCCUUCCGGAAAAUUAAUCUAGCUGGAUCUACUGCAAAACGGUCUGACAUCAGGAACAGCUUUUUAUGGUCGAAUCUCGAACACAGUUUUGACAUGAAAGAGGGAAUGUGCAUUGGUGUUAUAAUGGAAAUGAACAGAAUACGCAGAAGAUUCUGUUCGUCGCAGUUAUCACCCAUUGGCUGCACUUCGACAGUUUUGCGCUUUGACCAACUUGCAAAGGCCAAUCACGAGCAUUCAGAUAUAAUCACACUGGAGCUUCAUGGGUUUCGAUUUACAAUAGAACUUCUUGUUUCAAAAACAAGCAUAGACGAGUGUGCUGAUAUGUCAUUCGAAGCAAAACAAGGCUCAGUUGAGAACGAAGCGCCACAAUAUAAGGAUGGAGAUAUGAACUACCUUUGGCCAGUCUUAGAAGACAAUUAUACUAAUGACCUCGGGUUUACAUGGACUCGCUCAGGACUAGAAAACUCUUUCGGACAAAGCACUGUUGAUGUUACAAUUGCCCAUUGCAUGCCGCUGAUGACAUCCGUUAUACAGGUGCGCUGUAAGGGGAGCAUUAAAGCAGUCGCUCAUCGGCUGCAGCCGGGAGAGCUACCACUUUCAGAACAGGUUGCUGAUGUCGUCAUUCCAACUCUAGAUGUAAUGAAAGGCGAUGAAGCUGUCAUGAUUAAAAACAAUGGUGGUGACUGGGCAUUACUGGUUGGAAGGUGGACAGGUCGCGCUAUUCGUUUUGAUAGACCUAUUUCUACGGAGAAAAGAAGUCAAGGAUAUAUUGAACUAGAUGUAUAUUUUCUGAAAGAAGGAGGCAAGAAUCCGAAACUAACCUUGAGGAAUUAUCUUGAAAUAGGUCCUCUUUCGGUUGAAUUUUGCAAGGCUCACAUCGAACUUCGUCAAUCGUGUAGGGAAAUUGCAGAAUAUAUUGCCUUGACAUACUCCCUGGCCCUGCUAAACGUAGUAUGUGGUUCGAUUAAUGGAGGAUGUAUCGAUUCUUCCAAAUAUCAGCUUAAUAAGAUACCGUGGCAUCAAUUCAUGAACAUUGUUGGCCGUUACGAAGAAACUCCCCAACUCAAAGCCCGCGGAAGCAACGAACAGCAAAGCAGCAAUAAGGAUACAAGCAAUGCGACUGUUGACUCAUCCUCAUCAGCCUGUGAUAGAUAUUCAAAUCACACGGCAAGGAAGGAGAUUAGGCCUGUGAAUGAAGAUGUAGGGAAUCAUCUUACACCAUGCGGUCACUAUGAUUGUCGGGAUAAUUACUGUAUGCAAUGCCAUUGUGGCGGAAUGUGUAUGCAUACAGUGGCUGCACGUUGAUAAUUGAAAGAGUCCGGUCAGUAUAAGAAAUGUU